AAAGAAAAUACGGAAAAUUUAAUUAAAUUUUUUAUCAUAAAGUAGGAAUAUUAAAACGUUAUUCGGGCUUGUAUCGCCCACCUUGAAAUAAAAAUUGUUUCAUUAUUCUUUAAAAAUUAAUUACGGAGUGGAAUGAAAAAUUACAUUUGUGUUAUUUCUAUGUUCGUUUUUAAUUCUAUGUCGACCAAUCUGGACGAAUGUGAUAAUAUAAAAUGUUCGAAUGUAUACGAUCCGGUCUGUGGCCAGGCAACGUCUUUGAAUGGGGUUAGCGUUAUAAAAAGAUUUCAAAAUAUCUGCUACUUGACGAAGAUGCAGUGUAAAUUCGGUUUUACAGAUUUGCAUAAAGUUCGUGACGACCGUUGCAAUAUACGUAAAGAAAGAGCGUAUUUAAUUGGUAGACGAGUAUACGACUUCAGUGUAGUUGGUGCACACCAGGCAUGCAACCAUACAUGUCCAACGUUCUGCUUGGAUACAUACGACCCCGCAUGUGCCCAAAUAUGGUCUCAAAAUAUGGAACGCUACACGUAUAGACCAAUGAUCAAUCAUUGUCACAUUGAUUUGUAUUCCUGUGUAAUGGGAGUGAAUGUAACGAUACAGCCUUUAAUAGGGAAAUGUUACAAAAACCCCACAGCCCUGAUGUUCAUGUUUCAUAUUGCUUCUCUUAAAACUUUGAAGCUACUAGAAGAACCACCAAUCGUGGCGCACAAGUUAUCUGCACCAGCAGUGCCCAAGCGAAGAUCUGGUAUGAAUAUUGAGGAGGAAGAAACAAGAGAUUUUCUUCGAUUAAUCUCGAAUAUAGAUUAAAUUACUAAACACUUAUUUUAAGUUUAUGAAACUGAGGGGAAAAGAGAGAAACUGGGUUCGUUGUAUUUCUUUUGAAAGGAAAAAUAGUUUCUAUAACAAUAAAAUAAUUUAUUUGUCUUGUUUAUAUAGAUAACGCUUCGGAGAGUUAUUUGUGUGCAAGGCAGAAAUGAUUACAAGGAAAAUAUUUUUAUUAUCAAAUUAAUUCACACAAAUGCAAUCACGCCCACCAAAUUAUGUCAGUUAUGGAAUAACUUAUUUUAAAUUAUAAAAUACCGUCAAAGAUUCGAGGGUAACAUUUAUUUACCAUGUUGUAAAUCAAUACUCGAUCAUUAUAGUUUCUAGAAGCAUAUUAGAGCUUAAUUCACGUUAAAUUAAAGUAAAUUUCUUAAAAAGCUCAUAGGUUUCUUUUCUUUUUACAAUAUGUAGAUAUUUAUGAUUUUCAAACAAAUAAACCUUUCUGAUAUUUUGUACUUUUUAUAUGUAUUUUUGGGAUGCGUUACUUCAUGUAAAGUGUACACUUUUCCUAUGUAUCCGAAAUUAUAGUUUUAUAUUUGUACAUACCAGCGGCGCUACAACCUUUUUAGGUGUGGGCCUCAGAUUCCGGUAUGUGUUCCAUGAUCAUUUGUCAAUUUAAUUGGAUCACCUAGAUCAGCCUCCUGUGCUCGGAUCGGAUAUGUAUUUUAGUAUUUCUAACGUUUUUCAGUUUCUGUUUUGAUUAAUCAUACUACUUAUAUAUAGGACUUUUUAAAAAAGGUAUUUCACAGCUGUUCUAACAUGAUAAUAUUCUAUUUAAUAUUCUACCGUAGUAGUAAAAUACACGGGUUGGUUAUAGAAACCGAGCGUCAUUCAGCUAUCGUCCUGCUGCGGUGCUGUUCAUAAUCUUAAUCGGCAAUCUGUAGACUUAAUUAAAUUUUCCCGUCGCAUUUCCAGAAUAUUAUAAAAAAUGAGUUCUUUUUAUAACCCCGCUAAGCGCUUUGAGAAGAUUAAGCCCUGAUGUAAUUCGGCCCCGAGUUUUGUGAAUUUAAUAUGCAUAUUGAUCUGUUCAGUUUUAUCAAAGGAUUAUUGUACGCUGAAGAUAUUUAUGAUACUACUUGAAGAUAAAUAAAAAAAUAUCGUUUAUAGAGAAAACAUUAUAUUUAUGUCGAAUUUCCUUUUUUACAGUACUAAUUUAUAGACAUAUUUUUCGGUAUUUACACUUACAGUGACACUGCGACCUAUUACAUCUGUGUAGAUAGAUAGAAAUAAUACAAAAUAUUACACCUAUAGCUACAUAGAUAUUUCUGGAAUAUCGCAGUGUGGUUAUAGUCACGUAGAACAUGAUUAAUGUAAUAGUCACAGAAAUGUGGGGUAUUAGGAAUUACGGGACCCAUACUAGGUUUAUAGAUAUAAUGUAUAUCCCUCUAAUUGUUAGAGUUGUUAAUUACUGAAGUGUUAAAGCUGAAACACCGGUGCGAGGCGUUUGAUAAUUGGUCAACAGGGUCUCUAAUCGACGUUACUAGGCGAUGUGAUAUGUUAUUAGUCUAAUGACUAUAAAACGCCUUACAUUACGUACGCCUACAUUCUCACACCGGAACGUUCAUCCGGGGAUGUAAGUGAAGCAACAAUUCUUACAUGGGUACAUAAAUACAGCAACAAAUAAAAUUGAUUCAACCGA